AUGUAGCAUUUGGCUCCCCCUAAACAAAACACAUCCACCAUCUCAUUCUUUCCCGCGUAAACUAGCUUGGCAUUCCUCAUCAGCCGAAGCUCAUCUAGCCCACGCUCUCACUGCGCAGCGGUUCUCCCGCACAUCUCUCAAGGCCAAAGUUAAUGAAAUAGACUUGUGAUGAAAAAGGCCUCACUAAAUAUGGAGAAGCAUCCUAAACUUGUGCAAUCUCAUGGAAGUGACAACUAUGAAUCGGGUGAUAUAGAUGCAAACAAGUGUAUCCGCAAGAAGAAAGGGCCAAGGCAAGAAGAAGGUCCAAUUUAUGCUAAAAAACUCAAGAAACCUAAACAAGCCAAAAGUGAAGAAGAAUUUUUUAUUCACGAGUCUUGUAAGAAGGAAUCAAGAGAUAAAGUUUGUGAAGCUAUAUCCCAGUGGGUAUGUGAUGCAUCUAUUCCAUUUGACGCUGUUAAUUAUGCUAGCUUUAGAACAAUGAUGGAUUCUAUGGGAAGAUGUGGUGUGAGUAUAAAACCACCUAGUUAUCGUGAGAUGUGGGGUCCUCUUUUGAGUAAGGAAGCUAAUGAUAUGUUAGAUUUGAUUGAUUCUCCUGAAGAAGAUUGGGCCAGAUAUGGUUGCUCUCUUCGGGUAGAUGAACGGACAUAUCAGGAUGAAAGAACUAUUGUUAAUUUCUUGGUCAGUUCACCUAAAGGAACACAUUUUCUUCAAUCUGUUGAUGCCUCCGAUCUUUCAAAAUAUGGAGAGGCAAUGUUUCACUUGAUCGAUUUCUUUAUAGAGCGCAUUGGGGAAACAAAAGUUAUUCAAGUGGUUACUGAUGAUGCUACUAGCAAUGUACUUGCUGUAGUGAUAAAAAGCCUGCAAUGGGGUAUAUUUAUGAGGCCAUGGACCAUGCUAAAGAAGCUAUUGGGACAGCUUUUGAUGGAAAAGUGGAAAGGUACAAGGAAGUAAUCAAAAUCAUUGAUGAUAGAUGGAGGAGUCAUGUUAAUAGUCCUUUGCAUGCUGCUGGAUAUUAUCUGAAUCCCGAGUUCUUUUAUUCACAAGAUAAAACAAAACCUAAAUAUGAGGAGAUUCUUAUUGUUUUUUAUCAAACUUUGGAAAAGUUGGUCCCUUCUGAUGAACAAAACAAGAUCCUAGAACAAUUGCCUUUAUAUCAAAAUGCAGAGAAACUUUUUGGGCAACAAAUUGUUAUUCGGCAGAGAAACAUAAUGUCUCCAGUUUCAUGGUGGAGUUUGUUUGGUGCCUCAGCUCCAAACUUGCAAAGGUUUGCAAUCAAAGUGCUUAGCCUCACUUGCAGUGCGUCUGGCUUUCAGCCUGAUUGGAGCAUCUUUGAGCAUCUGCACUACAAGAAAAGGAAUUGCUUGGCCCAAAAACGCUUGAACAGUUCGGUGUUUGUGAAAUACAAUCGCAUGUUGAGGCAUCGAUAUGAUGCACGUGAUCACAUCGAUCCAAUUUCUUAUGGGUACAUAGAUGAUAAUAAUGAAUGGUUGACCGGUUCAAUGGAGGGAGAAUGUGAUGAUGAUGAAGAUACGAUAAUGCCAGAUAAUGAUUUAACAUUGGAUGUGGAAUUUGAGACUGAGAAUGAAGAAAUUGAGGAAUUUGGGGAAGAAGAGGAUGAGAAUGAUGCUAGUGGAGGAUCCAGAUGAUUACAGUGAAGGGGAGGGGUCUGAGGACUCUUACAUGUCAUCAAACUUCGAUGAUUAGGGGGUGUUCAUUGGAGUUGACUGAAAGCAAUGACCACAAUGUAGAUUCGCUGCUGAAUAUGGCAGUGAGUAUACAACUUUUAUGAAAUGGAAUGCAGUGAUGAUUAUUAGCCUUAUCUAAUGAAUUUUGCUGCAACAAAAAAACUACCUUGCUUGAAAGGCUUAUAGAACACUUCUUUUUUGGAAACUUUGAAUUAUUCAAUGAAUGGAUACAAUGUUAUGCAUGGCCUUCUCUAAAGUCUAAUCACACUGGGGACUUGAUGAA